CAAGUGACCUCGUGUAAGUAGGAGAUCCCAGUGGCCCCCAGUUGUCAGGACGGAGAUAGGGAAGCGUGUGAGUGCCUCUUAGGGAGGUUUUUCUGUGAAGAGACCGUGCCUGUGCAGACAUGACAACCAUGGGGCACCCAUGGUGCCUGGCUCACAGCCCAAGGAGGAAGGUACACAUGGGCACAGAGUGCAGGCUGGCAUCAGCUGUCACCUCUGGGAGGCGAGGAUGGGUGGGUGACCCUUGGAGGGGCUGGCGAGCACGGGGAUAUUUGCCGACUGGUAGCUUCAUCCCAGGCAUCCCAGCCUGUCAUCAGGACAGAGUGGGGGCAGGGCAGAGAGCCUGGACUGCCUGGUCUGAGGUUUGCAGCCAUUGGGCACCCCCCCGGAGGGUGUCUGUGUGGCCCUGGGCCUGGGCACGUGGGAGUACAUCAGCAUACUAGGGCUUGGGGGAGGCUCUGCCCUCUCUUCUGGGGACAGCGGCCCGGAACCACCUGCCUCAGCAGCCGACAGCCUUGAAGGGCUGUGGGGUUCCCAUGGAGGUCCUGUGGAUGCAAGAUGACCCUUGGCUUCCCCUGGGAACCUCAGAGCCGCCUCUUCUCUAAUUUUCCCAGCCCUGCAGCUCCCAGUCUCAGCUUUGCUCCACCCCUGGCUGCUGCUGCUGCUGCUGCUAAGUCGCUUAAGUCGUGUCUGACUCUGUUUGACCCCAUAGACGGCAGCCCACCAGGCUCCCCUGUCCCUGGGAUUCUCCAGGCAAGAACACUGGAUUGGGUUGCCAUUGUCUUCUCCGCCACCCCUGGCAGCAACACUCAACUCUGAAUUUGACCCUGCAGCCCUCUGCCCCCACACUUGAUAUUCUGCCCCUGACCUUCCAGGCCUCUUGUAGCCUGGCCUCUUAGGCCCUCAGCCACGCUGGCUUCCCCUCUGCCACUGGACACCCUGGGCCUUGGGUGUGACUGUCUCAGGCCCCCCAAAUAGUUUCAGGGACAUUCCUGGACUCUUGGGCACAUGACUCUGAUGGGUAUCCAGGCCAGAAAGCAGGUGGGGGGUGGGGCAGCUGGCAGGGACAGGAUGUCUGUGUGGGGACCCUGCACAGUCCCCUCAGCUUGUCAACUGUUCCUCACCUGGACUCCAUGCAUUUAUGUAAAAAGCCCAGAUAAGGCCAAUUUGUGGGGUCUUUUCUGGGCAAAGCAGGCAGGUGGGGCACCUGUCCCCUCCUAGUGCUCCACCAUGUCAACCACCACAAGGAGCCCCACGUCCUAGGAGGCGAGCUUGGUGUGGGGCUGGGCAGUGGGCAUGGCCCUGGGGUCAUAGCUGCAGCUCGUCCAUUCAUUCAUCUCAUCUGUUCACCCGGUGCCAAAGAAGCACCCAGAGCCGUCAGAGUUCAGCAAGAGGCAGGACCAGCUGUAGAGUUGGGAGGUGGGAGCACAGAGCAGAAUGAGCAGGGCCUGAUGAUGGGACAUGAGAACAGAGGCCCUGAUGGGGCCUGGGCACCGGGCCCCAGAAAGAGCCGGCCCCCAAGGCCAGGCCGACUGGGAACUUGGCUCACUGCUGGGUGUGGGAGGGACAGGACUGGAGGAGUCACCUUGUGGCCAGAGGGCAACUCCGAGCUUGUCAGGAGCCAGAGUGCAGAGGGUGGGGUGGAGGCCGAGCCCAAGUGCACCCCCUAGAGCCCCUGCUGCAGCCCAGCCUCUGCCUCCCAGGCUCUGGCCUGUGGGGCACACCAGAGUUUACACCCAUGUUGAGACCUUUCCCCAAACUGGCUGUUCUCUGUGCCCCCCCUGCAAGACCUCAGAGUCUUGAAGCCAGUCCUUGCACAAGUACUGGGGCUGGGGAGCCAUGGCCAGGGUGGGCCUUGUGGGGCAGGCCUGUCCCCUGCUCAUUUGGCCAAAAGUAGCUUGUGCCUCCAGCCUUGGACUCCCAGGUGUCCUGAGGUCUUGGGGACCCCUACCAUCUGAGCGCCAUGAUUGGACAGGGGUGGUCACUGCAGGCCUUUCUCUCUGCCCAGUUUGGCAAGUAAGCCCCAGCUUCAUGGUCACCUGCCGGCAGCCAGGCUCCCCUCACACGUGCAUACACGUGCACACACACACACAGGUACACACACAGCCAGCCGGAGUAAGCUGGUAAGCAGCUCACCUGCUCACAUGAAGCCCUCACGCUCACAAGAUGCAGAUAUUCUUCCCUCGUCAUGAUGAGAGUGAGCAGGUGUGUGGGGCCAGGGGAUCCCUGAGCGCCACGGUCCCGUGUGGUGAGACCUGGCCCCACCCCGAUGGCACAUCCCUCGGGCAUUCCUGUCCCCUCGCCUCGGGCACUGACUGUCCACUGAGGAGCUCGGGGUGAUCUCAGAGCUCAGAUAUUCCCAGAAGCCCUUGGGGAGGUGUGCUCAGAAGACCAGGACACUUCCUGGAGGAGCAUCAGACCCUGAGUCACGAUACCCGUGGGAACCAGAGCCCCGUCCUGCUCAGGCAGGCCCCGCCCUCACAGAGACUCCCCAUCCUCUGGGCCCUCACCAACCCCGCUGGCCCUGAACCCUUGCCAAGCCUCUCACCGAAGCUCUUCCUGCUCCUGGAGCACACAAGGAAGCCCUGGUUCUCUCUUCCUCUCCUGUAGUUGCCCCACACCUCAACCUCCUGCGGCUGCAGUCCUGGCUGCCCCUUUCCUCUCACUCUGGUCCCUCCUGGGGUCUGGGCCCAGGCAGCCCGCUCCAAGGCCGUCAAUGCUUCUCCUAGUGCUCUUGGGGCUGAGCAGCCUCUGGGGGUCCUGAACCAUCCGCUGAAGGGUCAGGGUCGUUCCCCACCAGGGUGGACCCCUCUCCCAGCCUCACCAAGCCCAACACUCACUCCCAAAAGGCUCAUGAUUGGGGUUCCAUCUCAGGUCCUGGCCCCCAAGGUCAGAUCAGGUGCACACUGAAGUGUGGUAUGUGAAGCUGAGGUGGGGGGGUGGGCAGCGAAGCCACAGGGUGGAGAGGAGAGCCUGCUGUGACCCUGUGGCCAGGAGGAUCAGGCAGGCUGACUGGGUGGUCACAGCCCACGCCACUGGCUAGGCUUAAGGCCCCUCCAGCACAGCCCUCACACCCUCCAUCCUGGCCCCAGACAGGCCUGGGCGCAGGCUGGCCCUGUGGUGUGCUGGGACUCGGUAUUGACCUGCUGAAACCAUUCCCUGUUUUCCCAGGGAGACUUCCGGAUCCCCUGCCUGGGUGGGUACUUCCUUGAGUCCCUUCCCUACCUACGAAACUAAGGUCCCCCCAGAAGAUGCUCCCCUGAAACAAGUCCUGUGGCCAGCUUGCUGCUUGACACACCUUCACCCCUGACUCACCCCUCACUCACCCUGCAGGCACUCCCAGCCUGACCUCUCACCCCACUCCCCGGACCCAGAGCAAGGAGUUUCCUCCCAGCCCCCAAAGGCUGCAGGUGGGAAGGGAUGAGCACAGCAGAAGCCCAUUUGGGGCCGGCUGUGCUUUUGAGUGGCAGCCACAUGGAUGAGGUGGGUAUUGGUGGGGAGGGGCAGGAACAGGGGCUGCUGGGGGAGGGUGUCAGUGAACUGACUGAGUGGGGGGCCUCCUUGCAAGGACCCUCUGGGGGCCCACCCAAGGAGCUUAGGUGCCCCCACCUUGAACAAGGCCAGUGAGCAGGUAGAUCUGUUUCUGGAGUGGCUGCUCCAGCAUCUCAGGAGCUGCAGAGUAGGGAGAGGUUUUACCAGGCACCCAGUCACCCGCUGACACCUGCCCAGACUGCAGAGGCCUACUGACCCCCAGACCCACCCCAGGUUCUGACCUCUCACUUCUGACUCCCCGCCCUCUACUGCCCAGCCUGCCAGGGAGAGGAUGGGAGGCCAGCCAAUCCUGGAGGCCCUGGGCCACGCCCUGGCCAGCAUGAUCCGAAGCGAGCGUAUAAAUACACCUGCCAGAAGCCCACGCCCAUAGAACUCACACCUGUCUCAGACAGCGCUCCACACUUGAAGGAGCGCACACAUUCCACACCCCACCUGCCCGGCACAGCUGCGGACGACAGCUCUGGAGAGGAACACUAGUCAGGGGGAACACAGGCCAGCCUGGACCAGAGGAGACGAAGCCAGCGCUUCCAGGACGAGUGAGCUUGGGGCCGCAGCCUGGCCGAAUCAGCCAAGAGGGUCAUGCCCGGGCCCCUCUAACCCUGGCUACCAGCCCAGAACCAUGUCGUCAGGCCCACAGGUGUGGCACACGACCAUGCCGCCUACCAGCAGGAGCAGCCCCACAGCCACAGUGCCCAGGUCCCCCAGCUCAGCCAGCAGCCCCAGGUCUCCGGGCACCCCAGGCUCAGAGAAAGUGGCCUCCCCUCUGGAGUGCUCCAUCUGCUUCUCGGGCUAUGACAACAUCUUCAAGACACCCAAGGAGCUCUCCUGCACCCAUGUCUUCUGCCUGGAGUGCCUGGCACGGCUGGCGGCCGCCCAGCCCACAGGCCAGCCAGGUAGCGAGGCUGUGCCCUGCCCAUUCUGCCGGCAACCCACAGCUGUACCCACUGCUGGAGCCCCUGCGCUGCGCACCAGCCGCCAGCUACAGGCCCGGAUGCCAGCACACCUGCGACAGGAGGAGCCUGUGUGGCUAGAGGGCACCAAGCUGUGCUAUUACCCACCGCCCUCUGUGCCUGGCCCGGUGGAGCCCAGCUUCAUGUGUGUGGACAUAGGCCCAAGCAAGCCCCCUGAGCCUGCUGCAUCUGUGCCCACCCCAGACCCCGCCCAGCAUCGGGGGCCCCUGGCCCGCUGCUGGGCGCGCUGCAGGGACUGGAGGCGAGUUGCGCUCAUCACAGCCCUGCUGCUGGUGCUCUUCUGUGUGGUCCUCUGGCCCGUGCAGUGCGCACUCAAGACUGGGAGCCUGCGCUGCCUCCCCCGGCCACCCUCCACCGCCGCCACCACCUCCUCGCUCGGGUCCCUGGCGGAAAAUUAGUGUCACCACUUCCACCCACCCCACCCCUCCAGGAUCCCAGAGGAGCCCCCACAUCUCUGAGGAACCCUACCCCAUUCAACACACACAACCCCCCGCUCUCUGGGGCUGGGUCCUAUGGGGUGGACAAAAUGGUCCCUGGAGCUUCCAAGAAUCAGAUUGCUAUGGGCUCCAGAGACCACCUCCCUAACCCCCAUCUUGCAGAUGGGGAAACUGAGGCCCAGAAGAGACAGCUUGGCAAGGCCCCUCCCUGUCCACACUGUGAAUCACCUGUAGGACCUACCCCUUGCUGAAAAGGGAGGGGGCUUGCCACCCUCAUCUUAUUUUCACAUUUCACCAUGGCUCCUCGCUUCCCCAGGCAGGGCUGGCCCCUUCCCUUGGGUGGCCAUGGGGACAGAGGGCAGUGGCAGGGAGCCCAGCUCCCCAGUGCCCAUCCUGCCCUCCUGAAUUGUACAUUUUUAAAUAAACUAUUUUGUACCCACAAU